GGAGGAGCAUCCGCUUCUGCACUCACACAGAGAUGGACGAGCCUCAGCAGCUCCUCAGAAAACAGCUUCUCCCCCUGCAGAGCUGAGCGAGGUGACGACUGCCACCCUGCUGCGCUGCCCCUCACCUUCUCCUGGACACUCACACACGCAGCCCAGAGAAGAUGUCGGGACGACAGGAUGCUUCUGAAAAUGACUGAUGCUCCUGGAGGACGUGCCGAGCAGGUGUCACAUCACUAAAAACCCCCACCAUGGAGUCCACUCACCUCUUGGGAACCUCAAAGAAGAGAGUCAAGAUCCACCCACACACGGUCACCGCCAAGUAUGCCACGCGCACCCCCUACUCCCCACAACCUGGAGGACACACACACUUCCCGCAGCCUGGGGACGAGGGCUACGACGACGCCCCUUCUUUCGAGGACUUCGGCUCCUUCCUGGAGGAGACGUCCGACAAGAAGAAGCUGACGGAGGGCAAACGGUGGCCUCUGACUCUGUUUGGGUCUAAAGACAAGCCAAGCAGCCCCAAGCCUUCAGCUGCGGCGGCAGGAGAUGGCGGUGAAGGUGGCGCGAAACCAGCAAAGGCACCUGGUAAAGGGGUUGGUGAGCAGCUGGCCAGUUUUGGGGAGGCUUCCGUGUCAGCGUCGCGCCUCACCUGGGUGGGCUUGCUCGGCGCAGCUGUGGCUCAUGGCGGUUUGAUCGUCCUCACCCAGGUGGCGUCGGAACACUUUGGUCUGGGACCCAUGUUUUUGCUUUUAGUCCGGUCCAUCCUCCAGCUCUUUUCUGUGGUCGUCCCACUGCACAAGGGGGAGAACCCGUUUGGACCUGAAGGCUACCGUCUCCGUCUGCUUUGCUAUGGCAUGGCCUAUUCCCUUGCCCUUUGCUGCGCCUAUUCCUCCUCAAGUUUUGUUGCAUCUGAAAACUCGGCGUCAGCUUGGCGUCUGGCCACGACGGCGCUGUCAGCCAUCCUGGCGUUCCUGCUGCUGGAGGAGCGAAUGGGCCUGGCAGAUGGGAUCACCCUCGCUGCCGGGCUCUGCGGCCUGGGCCUGGUGCUGCUUCCCACGGUGGAUGAAAGCAAUUCUGAUUCGCCGAUGGACAACCUGGUGUUCUGGAAGGGGGCUUUCGGGUGGUCCUUGAUGGCGCUGGCCGGGCUCUGGAUGGCCCUAGCGCUUGUUGGAUACCGCUCCUUGAAGGACAGAGUUGGAGUGGGCACAGCUCUCUUCACUGUCAGCUGGACAGGGUGUGUGCUGGCGCCAGGAUCAUUGGCCUUGCUGCAGGAGGGCUGGUCCUGGCCCGUGAGCAUCGCUGCGUGGGCCGUGGUGUUUGGCCUGGUUGCCUGCUCUGUUGCAGCUUUCCUUGGGAUCACACACGCACUGACCCGAAUCCACCCUGCUCUGGUGUCGGCCUCUCAAAGUCUGGAGGUGCCAGUGUCCUUGCUGGUGCAUCUCGCCAUGAAGCCGUCCGUCCCGACCGCGCCCGAGGUGGUCGGUAAUGUCAUGGUCCUGCUCAGCGUCGGAUGGCUGGUGGCGAUGAAACUGCUUCCUUCUCGCGUCGCCGCGCGUCGCCACCGGGAGGAGUACGAGGAGAUCAUGGACUCACCCAUCAAAUAGACACCUCCUCCCUCAAGCCCCGCCCAUUUUUACAGACAGCACAGUUCAGUGUUUAUCGGAGCUUUAUCUAUUUUGUAUCGUCCUCUUUUGAGAAGUGCUUACAACGUGUUGUCCGUGAUGAAUGUGUAAUGUGACAUUAAAAUCUCGGUCGAGAACAAUUCGCAUCUCUGACGCCGUUGCUUUAUUGUGCUGGCCACAUCUCAACAACGUCAGUCCAACAGCCAGACAGCAGCGAAGCCACGACAUUAAUCUCCACACUUGCUGCCAGCAAGGAACAGAAAAAACAGAGGCGAGGGAUAGAGUGGGAGGCGACGGCUGAAUUGGCAAACAGAUAAAAGGCAGGAGGGAUGAUCGUCCAUCAUGAAAACACAGAUAAAAGAACACACACACUGUCAGUGUUAAUAUAUGGAGGUAAGCCAGCUGCGCCUGGAGCAGGGAAGCGAUCGUAUCUAACAAAUGAACAACCUGUUCUGUAUUCCUCGGUGGUGUCGGACAUCCUUAGCGCUCUCUUUUCCUGGUCUCAACACACUGAGAAGUAAUGUUUUGUUUUGUUGUACUCACAAUGAUCGUCACUAAAUGGUUCUGGGGGUCACCGAAGGAGGGGAGUGUGUCUCUGGGGAGAUCUUGAUGCAUGUGCUGGAGUCGGGGGCAGGCCCAGCGUUUCUGCAGAAUCAAUGCAAACACAGGUAAAAGUUUCAAUUCAGAGCUAGAAGCUCAGAGUGGAGCCUCCACAUUCCACGACCAGGAAAUGAAAGAAAUGUUUCAGCUUUGUUUGGGAUUCCAGUCUUUUGGUAUUCAUAUUGUAACUGUAGUGUUUCAACCUAACAGCCACAGCAGUUUAAAUCACUACAUUUCUGAGCUAGAUUUAACACCAAACCUGCACGGCCGUCAAGAAAGUGAUUUUGUCGCUUUUCUAUUUUUGGUUUCAUG